UCGGCGGCACUCGGUGGACUCCGCGCGGCCGCGGCCGACACUCGGCCGGCGUUUCAUGGGCAGUCCGUUUGCGAAAUAAUGCCAUUGAAUCGCUGACGCCGAAUUUGCCAGUGAACGCGCUGAGCGCGGAGAUGCCGCGCAAAUAAAUAGUGGUGCACACCAAUGAUAACGACGAGCUCUCGACCCAGGAUACCCAUUACAAUGUGCCAAUGGAGUAUUGUGACUAUAAUUUACGUGGUCCUUGUAUUGAAUUCGUACGAUGCCAGAGAGAUAAGUUCACCGGAUGCUGCUACCCUAGACAACCAUGUGCAAUCAGGUAACAGAACAUCGCGGUUCCUGUUCGAUGCCAUAUUCGGAUUAGAGGUGCCCAUCUUGGAGGAACAGAGCGUCGAGGACGAUGAGGAGGACAACGUCAUCAAGAACUGCUCGUGUGAGUGCGGCAGGGCAAACCCACUCCCUAGAAAGAUGGAGUGCGGCGGGUCGAACCAGGAGAACCGCAUCGUCGGCGGGAUGCCGGCCGGCGCCAACCGCUACCCAUGGAUGGCGAGGAUCGUCUAUGAUGGCCAGUUCCACUGCGGAGCCUCGCUCCUGACCAAGGAGUAUGUGCUCACAGCUGCGCAUUGUGUCAGGAAAUUGAAGCGGUCUAAAAUCCGUGUUAUCCUGGGCGACCAUGACCAAACCAUCACCACGGAGAGUGCGGCCAUCAUGCGUGCCGUCACAGCUAUCGUGCGCCACCGCAGCUUCGAUCCAGACUCGUACAACAAUGACAUCGCACUCCUCAAGCUGCGCAAACCUGUCAACUUCUCUAGAAUCAUCAAACCUGUUUGUUUACCACCUUCUGGUAUAGACCCAUCUGGCAAGGAAGGGGUGGUAGUUGGCUGGGGUCGGACAUCUGAGGGAGGUCAGCUGCCUGCUAUAGUGCAGGAAGUGCGAGUGCCCAUUCUAUCACUAAACCAGUGCCGAGGAAUGAAAUACAGGGCUUCCAGAAUUACUAGUAACAUGUUAUGCGCUGGUCGAGCAUCUACUGAUUCUUGUCAGGGAGACAGUGGUGGACCUUUGCUGUUGCAACAGGGAGAUAAAUACCAAAUCGUUGGUAUUGUGUCCUGGGGAGUGGGUUGUGGAAGACCAGGCUACCCAGGUGUCUACACAAGGAUCACCAGAUACUUACCUUGGCUUAAAGCUAAUUUAAGGGACACGUGUCUUUGUGGCAACGCGCGCGCGACAAGUUCACCUACCAAAUACCAUGCGCCAGCCGAGCGCCAAAAUUUGAAUUCGAAUUUGGAAUUUUUGUACUUCUUUACUUUUUUAUGUUUAUUUUUUAAAACCAGUAACACAAUGUGGAAGUGUUUAUUUAUUUUAGUGCUUGUGGCUUUGACUUUCACUUGCUCAGAGGGAGACUUGGUUAAGGAUGCAAGAGGGGACUACACAAAGAACAUCUUCGGUGGAUUCUGGGGCAACCGGCCGCCGCUGAUAGAAGCCAACCAGCCGAGGACCACGUGCUCUUGCAAAUGUGGAGAAAGGAACGAAGUGUCUCGUAUCGUUGGUGGUGAUGAAGCUGGUAUCAACGAGUUCCCCUGGAUGGCUCGCCUGUCUUACUUCAAGCGGUUCUACUGCGGAGGCAUGCUUAUCAAUGACAGAUACGUCUUAACUGCUGCUCAUUGUGUUAAAGGAUUCAUGUGGUUCAUGAUCAAAGUGACGUUCGGUGAGCACAACCGUUGCAACGCCACAACUCGUCCUGAGACCCGCUUCGUGCUCCGUGCCAUCGCCAACAAGUUCACCCUCACCAACUUUGACAACGACAUAGCCUUGCUUCGGUUGAACGAGAGAGUCCCCAUCUCUGAGACCAUUAAGCCUAUCUGCUUGCCAACUAAUGACAAGAACUUGUACGUCGGAGUAAAGGCUGUGGCAUCAGGGUGGGGUACCCUUACAGAGGAGGGCAAGGUAUCCUGCACGCUGCAGGAGGUGGAAGUACCCGUCAUGAGCAACCAGGAGUGUCGUAACACCAAGUACACCGCGUCUAUGAUCACUGACAACAUGUUGUGCGCUGGAUAUCCGAAAACGGGACAGAAAGAUUCUUGUCAGGGUGACAGCGGUGGGCCACUGAUCACUGAGAGAAAGUACGACAAACGUUACGAGCUGAUCGGUGUCGUCUCAUGGGGUAACGGCUGCGCCAGAGUUGGUUAUCCAGGCGUAUACACUCGAGUCACCAAUUACCUCGAUUGGAUCCGUGAAAAUACGCAGGAUGGAUGUUACUGUACCGACUUGUGGCUGUGUUACCUAUUUUGUUUCCUAUGUGUGUUUAGUAGCAGCUCUCCGCUCAGUCUAACGAAGGACGAUCUCGUGAUAUCCCAAGGAUCUUUUCGUGCACCAUCUCAUCAUGUCAAAAGGGAGAUUUUACCCUGUGAAGACUGUGGUUGUGGAGAACGUAAUGAGGAGGCUCGAGUGGUGGGUGGUAUGGAAUCCAACGUGAACUCCUUCCCGUGGCUCGGUCGUCUCAUCUAUGAGAAGGCCUUCGGUUGUGCUGCAUCGCUCAUCAAUGACAGAUUUGUCAUUUCUGCUGCACAUUGUAUGAAAGGGUUCAUGUGGUUUUUAUUCCGCGUUAAGUUUGGUGAACACGACAGAUGUGACAAGAACCAGCAGGCGUUGAUGACCCGGUACGUGGUGAAGGUGAUCGCUCACAACUUCACCCUCACAGACCUUAGCAAUGACAUCGCGCUGCUGAAGCUGAACAAGCCUGUAGAGUACUCCUAUGCUGUCAAACCCGUGUGUCUACCUACGAAUGAUGACAAGACAUAUACAAGUCAAACAGCAAUAGUAGCGGGAUGGGGAGCAAUGAACGAGACAGGCAAGUGGUCGUGCACGGUGCGGGAGGCUGAGCUGCCAGUGUUGAGCAACGAGGCUUGUCGCAACACUAAUUACAAUGCCACCAAGAUUAAGGAGGUCAUGAUGUGCGCUGGAUUCCCUGAGACCGCGCACAAGGAUGCUUGCACUGGUGACAGUGGAGGUCCGUUAAUUACAGAAAAUGAUGAUCACAUGUACGACUUAAUAGGAGUAGUUUCCUGGGGCUAUGGAUGUGCCAGGAAAGGUUAUCCUGGAGUAUACACGAGGGUUACCAAGUACUUAGACUGGAUCAGAGACAACACACAAGAAGGGUGCUACUGCAAAUAUGAAGAAGGUGUCUUAGAGUACUUGUGUCAUAUGGACAACCUCUUUUUUGGCCUCACAAAGGAAGAUUUUUUGCAGCUUGUGUUUCAAUAUGCUGAAUCAAACCAUAUUCCACAUCCUUUUAAAAAUGAAACGGCUGGACACGAUUUUUAUAAAGGCUUCAUCAUGCGUCAUCCUUAUUUGACCUUGCGACAACCAGAACCCACAUCCAUAGCCAGAGCUCGAGGCUUCAACAAAUCCCAAGUGGGAGCAGAGAAUGAUACCGAACCUGUUAAUGAAUCUGUAACUGAACCUACGACGGAACCCGCGCCUGAACCUACCGAGUAUGCACGAAAAUGCAACUGUCGUUGUGGAGAAAGAAAUGAAGCUUCGCGAAUAGUCGGUGGGGUGGAGACGGCUGUGAACGAGUUCCCCUGGGUGGCCCGGCUGUCUCUCAACAACAAGUUCUACUGCGGCGCCUCACUCAUCAACGACAGAUACGUUCUCACUGCUGCUCAUUGUGUUAAGACAUUCAUGUGGUUCAUGAUCAAAGUGACCCUGGGUGAGCACAACCGCUGUAACACUACACAUCGACCGGUGACCAGAUUUGUCGUGGAGUUGGUCUCCCAUAACUUCAGCUUCGCCACAUUUCGGGAUGACAUCGCCGUCCUCAAGCUGAACGAACCAGUGCAGGUCACAGAUACUGUGAAGCCUGUUUGUUUGCCGAAAAAUGAUGACAAAACAUACGAAGGAGUUAAAGCAAUGGCCGCCGGAUGGGGCACCGUGGCUGAGGGUAAGAACCACUCCUGCUACCUCCAAGAAGUGGACCUCCCCAUACUAAGCAACGAAGCUUGCAAGAACGCCAACUAUACUUCACAAAUGAUUGGUGAUGGCAUGCUGUGUGCUGGAUACCCAGAAAUAGGGAAAAAGGAUACUUGUCAGCUGAGAGGAACACAAACGCUACAUGAUCAACUAGGUGUAGUCUCCUGGGGCAUAGGAUGUGGUCGUCCAGGCUACCCGGGUGUCUAUACCCGCGUCACGAAAUACGUCGACUGGAUCCGAAGUAUUGCCACCUCGGGAUGUUUUUGUACUGAAUUCGAUAACGUAGGGGUGCUUCUUAUGCAUGAGCCAGCCGAUGUGGCAGAAGAAGAAGCCACGCUUGGAGUUGUGAGGGUCGCCGUCAGUGUCCGAGUAGCGGUGGUGGAGACGGUGGUCACGACACCAGAUGAACAUGGAAUUCUGGAAAUCAAUAGUAACUUUCCUAUUACAAUUUAUUGUCGAAGAAACCAUUCCACCGAUGCCGAUGAUGAUGGAAUUUUUGCCAACUGUUUACCUGGUAUUAAGUACGCCCAUAAAAUGAUAAAGAUAUGGUUCGUACUUUGUGUUGUAGUCAGUUGGGCAAACGCAGCAAAAGUAAAUACGUCAUGCGAGUGCGGUAUCGCCGGCCAUAACCGGCGUAUAGUGGGCGGUACCACGGUGCAACCACACGCGUACCCAUGGCUGGUGUCGCUCAUGUUAGGGCCGAAACUGCACUGUGGAGGGGCUAUCAUCACAGACCUGCACAUAUUGACAGCGGGCCACUGCAUCACUUUUGGAAUACAUUACCGUGACUUGACUGUCUACGUGGGCAUGCAUGACCGACUCGACACUUCUUAUGUGUCUCUGCGCGUUGAGAAUGGAGUAAAACAUCCACAUUUCACCUCCAAUGCUGUUCGGGACAUUAAUGACAUAGCGGUCCUGACUCUCGACAGCCGACUCAAGUUCUCAGAGAAAGUUCGCCCGAUUUGCCUGCCGGAGGAUUCAAUGGACUUUAGAAACUUGCCUUUAACAGUGGCUGGGUGGGGUAAAACCAGACAGGGUGCAUUGACAUCAUCAAGAUAUUUGCUUGAAACCAAAGUACAGAUUGUGGACGGUGAAAAAUGUAAGAAAUCGGCAAUAUACAAGGACAAUCUGGUCAUUGAUACUAUGAUGUGCGCUUACAGUCUUGGGAAAGACGCAUGUCAGGGAGACAGCGGCGGACCAUUAUUUUCAACUCAUCGAAGAUCAUACAACAAAAAGUGGUAUCAAGUUGGUAUUGUAUCCUGGGGCAUAGACUGUGCCAUGCCAGAUUAUCCAGGUGUCUACACAAUCGUGGGGAAGUACAUUUCCUGGAUCAAGCAGCAGACUGAAGAUGGAUCAUACUGUGUAUAAUUUUAAGAAGUCACCAUUUUGUAAGAUGGACAAUAAAAAUCGAAAAAUAUAA